GAAUGACAACAGGCAGAAAUCAGAUCUGCACAAGACAGAAGCCUCAUCCACUGAUACGAUGACCUGGGUGCAUGGGUUAUGUCGUUCUCAGCAGAACCCAACAGCUGGAUUGGGGAACGGGAAUCAGACACGGGGGAUGGAUCUCCCAUGGUUAGCAGCCUGUUUCCAAAACACCGUUGCAGUUUGGAUCCCUUGCAUCUAUCUAUGGAUUUCUUUCCCCUUCUAUUAUUUUUACCUUCAGAAAAACCGCAGGGGAUAUAUCAGGAUGUCGGCUGUCUUCAAAGCAAAAAUGAUUCUUGGCUUCGUCUUGUUAGUGCUGUGUUUCUCCAUCAUCUUGUACCUCCUGUGGGAAGCUAACCGAGGGGUUUCACCAGCACCCGGGCUCAUCAUUAGCCCUACAAUUCAACUGGUCACCAUGGUCCUCGUGGUUUUUCUCACCCAGAUGGAACGGAUGAAAGGGGUCCAAUCUUCGGGCGUCUUGAUGGUCUUUUGGCUCCUGUCUCUCCUCUCUUCUAGUGUCUCUUCCAGCUUCAAAUUGCACCAAGCAAUGGAAGGCGGAUUCCACAAACAGCCUUUUCAGCAUCUGACUUCAUACAUUUACUUUGCUCUGGUUUUAUCGGAACUGGUGUUGUGCUGUUUUACGGAUCCCCCACCUUUCUUUUCCAAAAUUAGCAGUGACUCAAAUCCUUGUCCUGAAUCCGGAGCCUCUUUUGUUUCCAAAAUCACAUUCUGGUGGUUUGCUCGGCUGAUCUGGAAAGGCUACUGGGCUCCAUUACAGCCAGAAGACCUGUGGUCACUAGCAAAAGAGAACUCCUCUGAAGAAAUCAUGGACAAGGUCAAAGAUGCUUGGGAUAAACGUUGUCCAAAAACUGAACAAAUGACCAAAUUUGCGAGACUUAAAAGAAGGCCAACCCAGAGAGAAAAUGCAGAUGAGACUGCCAUCUUGCUCCAACCGGAAGCUAGCAAGAGCAAAGAACUUCUAAAAACUUUCUGGACUGCUUUUGGAACUUAUUUUCUUCUGGCGACCCUCUGUUUGAUCACCUGUGAUGUCUUCUUGUUUUUGGUUCCAAAGACACUGAGUCUUUUCCUAGAUUUUAUCAAUGACCAAGAAGCUCCUGUUUGGAUAGGUUAUUUCUAUGCUGCUGCGAUGUUCCUUUUGGCUUGUCUGCAGACACUGUUUGAGCAGCGGUACAUGUAUAUGUGUUUCAUUCUGGGCAUGAGAUUAAAAACAGCCAUCACAGGCCUUGUUUAUCGGAAGAUCUUGGUCCUGUCCAGUGCAGCAAAAAAUUCAACAUCUGUGGGUGAGAUUGUCAACCUGGUAUCUGUUGACGUGCAGAAGCUGAUGGACCUAAUUAUUUAUUUUAAUGGGACUUGGCUUGCUCCUAUCCGGAUCGUCAUCUGCUUUGUCUUCCUUUGGCAGCUCCUCGGACCCUCUGCCUUGUCUGCUGUUAUCAUAUUUUUAGUUCUCUUACCUCUGAACUUUGGGAUCAGCAAGAAGAGAAGGCAGCUCCAGGAAGCUCAGAUAAAGUACAAGGACAGCCGUGCAAGGCUGACCAGCACCAUCCUCAGUGACAUGAAGGUCCUCAAACUUCAUGGCUGGGAAAAGACAUUCAUAAGCAAAGUGCUGGGCAUCCGAACUCAAGAACUUCAAGCUCUCAAGAUGUCUCAGUUCCUCUUCUCCGCUUCUCUUGCGUCUUUCCAGUCAUCUACUUUUCUGAUUUCAUUCAUCAGCUUUGCGGUCUACACGUUGUCAGAUGAGACAAAUGUCUUGGAUGCUAAGAAAGCUUUUGUUUCUCUUAGCUUGAUCAACAUUCUCAAUACUGCUCAUUCCUUCCUUCCCUUUUCCAUUAAUGCUGUUGUGCAGGCAAAAGUUUCCAUCCAUCGCAUAGCUACCUUUCUUUCUCUUGAAGAAUUAGAUCACGCUCAGGUGGAUGUUGAGUCUUCGGACCGCAAUCCAAAUCCCAUCAUUGUCACAAAUGGAACUUUCAGCUGGUGCAGAGAAGGCAGUCCAUGCCUAAAUAGGAUAAAUCUGUCUGUACCUCAGGGCAGCCUGUGUGCCGUGGUGGGUCAAGUGGGGGCUGGGAAAUCCUCCCUGCUCUCCGCAUUACUUGGUGAGCUGCAAAGGAUUGAAGGUUCUGUAGUAAUGAAGGGCACCAUAGCAUUUGUUCCCCAGAUAGCCUGGAUACAAAAUGCUUCUGUGGAAGACAAUGUCAUAUUUGGGAGGAAAAUGGAGAGGACGUGGUACAACCAGGUGGUCAAAGCCUGCGCCCUGCAACCUGACAUAGACGGUUUUCCAGCUGGAAGCCAGACAGAAAUUGGAGAGAAGGGGAUCAAUCUUUCUGGAGGACAGAAGCAGAGGCUCAGCCUGGCUCGUGCAGUUUAUACGAAGGCCUCAGUUUACCUCCUGGAUGAUCCCCUCUCUGCUGUGGACGUUCCAGUUGGACAGCACAUUUUCAACCAAGUUCUCGGACCAAAUGGCUUGUUGAAGGAAAAGACUCGUGUCCUGGUGACCAACACCAUCCACAUUCUACCCAAGGUGGACAACAUCAUUAUGAUGGUGAACGGAGAAGUCUCUGAGAUGGGCUCUUGGCAAGAACUGAUGCAAAAACAAGGGGCAUUUGCAGACUUCUUGAGGUCCCAGAACCCUGAAGAAAAAGAAGAUCAGGAUUUGCAAAUUACUACUGUUCCUCCCAAAGAUGCAGGAAAGAUUAAGAGGAUAUCCACAACUCCUGUGACCCACCAGGAAACCCCUGGAAAAUCAAGAGAGCCUUUGGCCAAGAGAGACAGCUACAAGCCAACACAGGAAGAAGGAAGAAGACUGAUGGCAGAAGAUGAGAAGCAGAAGACUGGACGGGUAAAGAUUUCGAUAUACUUGACAUACCUGAGAACAGCAGGGUCAUUCUUCUGCGUUUAUAUCGUACUGCUGUUUACCUGCCAGCAAGUUUUCUCGUUCUGCCGUGUCUACUGGCUCAGCCUAUGGGCCAAUGACCCUGUUUCCAAUGGGACACAACCUCAUACCCAGCUCCGCGUGGGUGUCUUUUUUCUCCUGGGAGUCACGCAAGCUAUUGGGAAAUUCGGGUCGAUUGCUGCGGUGUUUUUGGCCGGGAUCGUGGCUUCCCGUAAGCUCUUCCAGCAGCUCCUGUUGGAUGUUCUCCGGUCUCCAAUGAUCUUCUUUGAGCAGACUCCCAGCGGUAACCUACUCAACCGUUUCUCCAAAGAAAUGGACGCAAUUGAUUCCAUCAUCCCGGACAAGCUGAAGUCUCUGCUGAGCUUCCUGUUUAACCUUCUGGAGAUCUACGUUGUGAUUGUGGUGGCCACACCGAUGGUUUUAGUGGCUAUUUUGCCUCUGUCAGCCUUAUACAUUGCUUUUCAGGUCUUUUUUGUCACCACCUCCUGCCAGCUGAAACGCUUGGAAGCCGCGAGCCGCUCACCCAUCUAUUCCAACAUCUCGGAAACCUUUGAGGGGAGCUGCCUCAUUCGUGCUUUCAAAGUCCAGCAGCGUUUUAUUGUCCGGAAUGAUAUCAAAGUCGAUGAAAGCCACAAGGUCUCUUUCCCUGCAGUGGUCGCUGACAGAUGGCUUGCCACCAACAUUGAGAUUCUGGGAAACACCAUUGUCCUCUCUGCAGCUUUACUCGCUGUGGUGUACAAACCCCAUCUCAGUCCUGGCAUGGUGGGCUUCUCCAUCUCCUGCGCUCUUCAGAUCACUGGCGUUUUGAACUGGAUGGUGCGUGCCUCAGCGGAAAUUGAUAACCACAUCAUGUCUGUGGAAAGAGUGAGAGAUUAUUCACAGACCCCCAAAGAGGCUCCAUGGACCUUGGAUGAUCAUCUCCAAGGUGGCAGCUGGCCCACUGAAGGGGCAAUUGAAUUCAGAGGCUAUAGUUUGCGAUACAGGCCAGAAUUAAGUCUAGCUCUGAAGAAUAUCAACCUAAAGAUCAAACCGCAAGAGAAGGUGGGCAUCGUUGGAAGAACAGGGGCUGGGAAAUCGUCCCUUGUGAUGGGGCUUCUGAGGCUUGUGGAAGCCGCUGAUGGAGAGAUUGUCAUUGAUCGAAUCAACAUUGCCGAAAUGGGCCUGCACAACCUGAGAAGCAAGAUUACGAUUGUCCCACAGGACCCAGUCUUGUUUGGGGGUUCUUUGAGAGAGAACCUCGAUCCCUUGAAUCAAUGCUCAGAUGAGGACAUCUGGACCGCUUUGGAGCAGACCCAGCUCAAGACCUUUGUUUCAGAUCUGCCAGGUCAGAUGGCCUACGAGUGCUCUGAAGGAGGUGGAGAUCUCAGUGUUGGUCAACGGCAGCUCAUCUGCCUGGCUCGGGGUUUACUUCGGAAAGCCAAAAUCCUGAUUCUGGAUGAGGCCACCGCAGCUGUGGAUCUUGAAACAGACCUGCAGAUUCAGGCCACCAUAAGGAAUCACUUCAAGGAGUGCACAGUUCUGACCAUCGCCCAUCGGCUAAAUGCCAUGAUGGAAUUUGACCGAAUUUUAGUGAUGGAAAACGGACAAGUGGCCGAAUUCGACACCCCAGAAGCGCUAAGAAUCCAGAAGGGACUCUUCUACAAAAUGGCGGCGGACUCAGGGCUGCUGAGGUGACCGAGUGGAAAGAACAGACUGAACGGCUGCUUCGUUUGAAAAAGGACAUUUUCUUAAUUUUCUGGCUGUGGGCAGGGAGAGCUCAAUCCUUGGCUUGCGAAAUGACCGACGCUCUUUCUCUCGCUGCGUAAGCGCCUAGCAGAUGGAGGACAGAAGUCUGAAUCUCCCCAGCUUAAUUUCAGCAUGGCCCUUUGCUGUACCACAAUGCUGAAACCAGCAUGCUCUGACCAUGAUCCGUGCUGCGAGUACUGAGCCACACCUGGCUUGACCAGAUGCCGUCGCUGACGCUGUCCCUGUCAGCCGAAAACACUGCUCAGAUGAUUGCCAGGAUGCAUUGCAACGGCCUGCCUUUUGGUGUGAUUGUGUCAAAGAUGUCAUCCAUUUACCCAUAAUCUCUUUCGCUGCCCUGUGGCUUUGUCCCCAAUUAAAGCAACGCAAUUGCAGAAAUGGUUACAUGCUAAACUGAUCAGCAAAGCCAACUCUUGUAUCCUGUUGGAGACAGGUUGAAAUAGCAGCACCUCAGAAUAACAGAGUUGGAAGGGAACCUUAGAGGUCUUCUAGUCCAACCCACUCCUGCUUGAGCAAGGGAAAUCCUAUACCAUUCCAGACAAGUGGAAGUCCAGUCUCUUCUUAAAAGCCUCCAGGGAUUGAACAUCCACAAUUUCUGGAGGCAAGUCGUUCUACUGAUAGUUGUUCUCAUUGUCAUUGCAAUUUCUCCUUAGUUCUAAGUUGCUUCUCUCCUUGAUUAGUUUCCACCCAUUGCUUCUUCGCCUGCUUUCAGAUGCUUUGGAGAAUAGCUUGACUCCCUCUUCUUUGUGGCAGCCCCUUAAUUAUUGGAAGACUGCUGUCAUGCCACUCCUAGUCCUUCUUUUCAUUAGACUGGACAUUUCCAAUUCCUGCAACCAUUCAUCGUACACUUUAGCCCCCUAAUCGUCUUCGUUGCUCUUCUCUGCAUUCUUUCUGGAGUGUCAACAUCUAUUUUUUUGGUAUAUUUUUGUAUACAUUGCAAACUCAUUAGAUGUCAGCCUCCCAGAAGAUACUAUUGUCCCCUCACCUCAUGUUCCCACAAUGGCUCAGUUCCCAACACACCUUGAUCUAACCUUGAUGCAAUCAUCUAUUGAAGCAAAAAUCAACUAGCGCAGGGCAGUUGAGAUGCCUUCUCAUUGUCAACUCUCCCUCCCUCUCUCUCUCAUCGUCAACUCUCCCUCUUUCCCCCCCCUCUCUUUUCUCUCUCUUUCUCUCUCUCUCUGUCCCUCUCUGUCUCACUCCUUCCCAGCCCCUCCUCCACCUUGCAAAAAGAGCUGGAAUACUCAAGCCCUUCUUUGUAAAAGGUGGGGGGGAUCUGCUUUCACUGCCCUCCUGCAUCAGAGCUGCCUCUGAAAAGAGACGAGGCCUGAUGUGAUUUUGCUAAGGCCGAGCUGGUUUCCAAAAUCAUGGAGCUACAGCAAGUGAUGGUUCUGUUCUCUCUGUUUGUGGCUGGCAUCUCAAAGCGUAAGUAGAAGGAACCGUGGAAACUCACUUACUCUGUGUGUGUGUGUGUGUGUCCUUUGGCCAGUGAUUUCAUCUGAUUUUAUCCAGCCGUGCUAUUUUAACGGAGGACUUUGCAGUAUUUCAUAUGGGAGGGAUCUGGCGAUAAGCUACCAAGGUUGGCCAAAGUUGAGUGAAAUCACACCUGUCGACUUCAAGGGUUCAAAAGCCAGCCAGGUGGUUGAUCAGGUCUCUCAAAAAGAGAGAUGAUUUCAUUUGCUUUGAAUACCAGUUUUGUCAAUCUUCCACGCAUUCUGAAUCUUACCUAAGAUGCCACAUAUCUGGCUUUGCCGUUUUUGUUUCUCUCGCUAUUCUGGUCGUGAAUACUUCAGUCAAACCUGAAGUCCGUUUACCUGGUCAGGAAGGGGGAAAAAACAAACCCCAAAUACUUUUUUUCUGAAUAACUGGAAAUUCUUACAUGGACUUUCUUUGAUGAAAGAAGACAAGACCGAACUGAUUCAUUUCGAGGUUAAAAAGGGCCAGAGCCCUUUUUGUGGGGGAAAAUGAGAUGAUAAUUACUCCAUAGAACAGCAAAAGGCAUUACUCUGUGUUUCCUUUUCUUUCCUUUUCUCUUUUUCUCACUAUCUUUUUUUUUUUUGCAUAUGUUUAUUGCAUCCAAAAAGUCUAAUAAAAAAUAUAAAACAAAAAGAAGUAGAAAAUUUGUAUAGAAAAGUGUUUUCUUAAACAUGGAUAUUAGGAAGGCUUGCUCAA